CUCUCUCUCUCCUCUCUGCUCUCUGCUCUCUCCUCUCUCUCUCCUCUCUCUCUCCUCUCUCAUCCUUCCCUAACCAGACGCUGACAGCGGAAGCCUAACGCUUACCAGUGCUCAAAUAAGCAACAAAGGAGCAUCCUUUACUCUAUCCUAUUAUCAUCUGGCUCUCUCUUUCUCCUUUUCUCUCUCUGGAACAGAGGAAACGAUGCUGUCGAGGCUUAGUGGCGCGGUUUGGAGGGAGGGAGAAGGGGCGGAGGAGGAAGAGGACACCGCUUCUUGGACAAGAGCGGCCACUUGCGGCGGUGGGAUGGGGGAAGGCAGGGACGACAUGGCGCUUCCGUGCCUCAAGUCCAUUCUCGAGGACGACUGGUACGUAGCAGCAACCUCGGGUAGCGGCGGGAACGUCGGUGGGAGCUCAGUAAACCAGGGUUUUGCUGGAAUGAACCCACCGGAUUCUUCUCUCCUCCUCCCGCCGCAGGUCGAUUCGUCCUGCUCCCCUUCCUCCGUGUUUGCACUCGACCCUUCCGCUCACCAGGCCUUCUUUCCCCACAAACCCGCUCUUUCCUCUUUUCUAUCCGCUGUGUGCUCCAACCCGUAUGACGCCGGCUUCGAUUUUGUCUCGGAUAACCCGACCUUCCUUCCUCCGGUGAAUCCUAACGCCGCCACCUCCGGCUUUGGCGGUGGAAUGUUGGGCUUCCCUAACGUGCAGAUUAAUAGCCAAGAUUUAUUGCCUAUGGCCGGAAGCUCCUCUUUGCUAAACCCCAUGGCCUUCGAUUCUUUUGAAAAUUCGCCCUUUUUGAGUAGGGGAAAGGUUUUAAGGCCUCUGGAGAUCUUCCCACCAGUAGGCGCUCAGCCCACUCUUUUCCAGAAACGGGCUGCGGCGGCCCUGCGCCAAAAUUCAAGCAGUAUGGGAGGUGAUAAAGGCAUGUGUUUGGGGCUUUUGGGCAUGGAAGCUACCGGUCAGUUGAGGAGCUCUUGGGAUGGCGAGCUUGAGAAGAGGAGGAGAAUAAACGACGACGAUGAGCUUGAUGAUGCCAGCAUUGAUGGCUCUGGCUUAAAUUAUGAUUCUGAGGAUAUCUGCGAAGUUGCCGAAACUGUAAAGGUCGAUGAUGAGAAGAAUGAUGGCAUAGGAGCAGCAUCCGGCGGCGGCGGAGGAGUUGGCAAUGUUUCCAUUACUAAUAGCAGUCUAACUGGUGGUGGAGAGCUCAAAGGCCGGAGAAAGGGUCUUCCUGCAAAGAAUUUGAUGGCCGAGAGGAGGAGGAGGAAGAAGCUCAAUGAUAGGCUUUACAUGCUAAGAUCUGUUGUUCCAAAGAUCAGCAAGAUGGAUAGAGCUUCCAUUCUUGGUGAUGCAAUUGAGUACUUGAAGGAGCUUUUACAGAGAAUCAAUGACCUUCAUAAUGAACUUGAGUCCACGAAUUCUUCGAUGCCCACCUCUAGCACAUCGAGCUUUCACCCUUUAACGCCGACACCGCCAACUCUUCCGUGUCGAAUCAAGGAGGAGCUUUGCCCAAGCUCAUUACCGAGCCCGAAUGGUCAACCAGCAAGGGUAGAAGUAAGGCUAAGGGAAGGCAGAGCUGUAAACAUACACAUGUUUUGCGCCCGUCGACCGGGUUUACUCCUCUCAACAAUGAGAGCUCUUGAUGGCCUUGGCCUUGACAUCCAGCAAGCAGUCAUAAGCUGCUUCAAUGGCUUUGCCCUCGAUGUUUUUCGGGCCGAGCAAUCAAAGGAUGGACCUGGUGUUCUGCCAGAAGAAAUCAAAGAAGUUCUCUUGCAUUCUGCAGGCUUCCAAAAUGCACUGUGAUGUUGAAUUAUAAUCACAUAAAUGCUUCAUCUGCCACUUGCCUGAUUGAUUGUGUUGUCAAUGGCUACACUAUCCUUCUACUUGGCAUGAGUAGGAAAUUUCAUUCUAUCUCUUAUUAUUCUGAAAAUAAAAUGUUUCCUGUUAAAGUUCAGUUUAAGAAACUUUAGUUACUGCACUAAUCAACUUUUCUGUAAUUUGUUUUCUUGUACCUUUUGCAUCUCAAUGUAGUCUACCCUGCAGUUAAAUUGUCUAA